UGUGGUUUGGUUCACACCCACCUCCUCCACCCACUGGCGUCGGUGUUCUUCCGGCUGGCUGAGCCUCUAACGAGAAACUGCAGCAGUGGAAGGAAGCGUCGUUUAGUUCUGAACCCCGAGGUCUAGGCUUGGGCCCUCAGAGGGUGCGUUCUGGAGAGGCCCAGCUGCUGACAGGGCUGCUUUUCCUGAACACGGUGCAAACACGUGAAGGUAGUUGGAGUCCCCUAGCAAUGGAUAAAUUCGUCCUUCGAACACCCAGAAUCCAGAAUAGUCCUCAGAAGAAAGCUCCUGGAGGAAAGAUUUACAAGCAGGCCACGAUUGAAUCUCUGAAGAGAGUUGUGGUUAUAGAAGACAUAAAAAGAUGGAAAACUAUGUUGGAGCUUCCUGAUCAAACCAAAGAGAAUCUAGUUGAAGCCUUACGAGAAUUAAAGAAGAAAAUACCCUCCAAGGAAGUGUUAAAAUCAACAAGGAUAGGUCACACUGUGAACAAGAUGCGUCAACACUCAGAUUCAGAAGUGGCUUGUCUUGCCAGAGAAGUUUACACUGAAUGGAGAACUUUCAUUGAAAAACACAAGGAUAGACCUUCUAUAGAAGUCCGAAGUGAUUCCAAAACCGAGACAUUUAGGAAAAACGCCCAGAAAUUACUCUCAGAAGCCUUGGAAUUGGAGAUGGAUCACCUACUGGUUGAAAAUAUUGAACGGGAAACGUUUCAUCUCUGCUCCCGCCUCAUUAAUGGGCCAUACCGGCGGACAGUGAGAGCCCUGGUCUUCACAUUAAAGCAUCGAGCUGAAAUCCGGGCUCAGGUGAAGAACGGCACGCUGCCAGUCGGCACGUUUGUACAGACCCACAAAAAAUGACCUGAGCAUGGUUCCAACCCUGGGCUGGGCAGAAAGGAAAAUGGGCCUUUCUCUGCCAUUCAAAGACUCUUUUGAGUUUGGGCGAUGGCUGAUGCUGGCGGUGCUGAAUUUUCCCAUGGUGCCAUUCCUUCAGACAGAGGAUACAGAGAGCCCUGGGAGACAGACCUGCAGGAAAUGCUUCAUUAGCUGGAGUGCGCCGGUGCUGCCUAACAGGAUGCGCGCUUGCUGUCGCUAGGAAGCGCAGUACGGUUGCCAUCACCCAACACAGUGAAAGGGUGACGGAUUCCACUGUGAAUAUGCCAGGGACACCUCUAAACUUCCUCCGUGUCAGGCAGAUGAAGUUACUACUUUAUUUUGCCACCCUGCAGGUAACUGAAACUCAAUUACCACAGCUGCUCACUCAGUUCCGUCCCCCUGAGUUUAGAUAGCUCCAGUGCCUCUCAGAACUCCCCUGUCUGUACUCUUUGCUCUACCCCAGGGGUGAGCCUGCCGGAGCCCGCCAACUACCCCUUCUUUCCAGAACUCACUUAUCUGAACGUUUCAGCUCUCCCUGGAAGACCUGCGCUGGUCUCCAGAGCCCCCAUGCUGAGGCUUCUAAUGAGGAACUGUCCUGAAGCAUCCCCACACCUUGGGGUUUAUUUGAAUAUGUUGGCGCUCUCGGUUUAGGGCUCUGUAGAAGAUACAUAAUGAAAUUGCUCUUGAAAUGAAUUACUGUAGGAGAAAAAUUAUAUACAUACGUAUUUUCAAAUGAAAUACCCGUAUAUAGACUUGCUUGAACAAUUUUGUAAGUGAUAUUUGCUUUUUUUAAAAAGUAAUAAUAAACUGGGGCUUUUUUGUCCCUAAAACCAAA